AACAAGGGCUAAGGGGGAGGGGAGAGUUAUUGCUUAAUGGGACUUCCGUUUGGGGUGAUGGAAGAGUUUAAAAGAUAGUGGCAUGGCUGCACAACAUUGUGACUGUAAUUAAUGCCACUGAACUGUACACAUAGUAAUAGUUAAAAUAGCCUAUUUCAUGUUAUAUAUAUUUUACUAUAGUAAAAUUUAAGAAUUUAAUGUCAGCCAUAAUGUACAUGAUAGUUCAAUUUGGUUAGUAAAAAUAUGCAACUAUUUUAUUUUAAAAAAAUAGGAAGAGAUUACUUCUGAGCAAGACAGGGAUAUCUUCCCGUGUCUUCCUAUCUUUCCUCUACCUUCCUAUGCUCUGGGGGCAUAGGUGAGGAUGUGUACAGGUGUGGCUAAGAUUGCUGUUGUCCUCAAGGACAUGAGGGUUUUUCCUGAGCCUCUAUUUCCUUUGCUGAACAAGACCCAAACUCUUCUGCUUAGAGUGGACAGGGAUGGUGAGAGAUUAAUUAGGAACUAGAGGAGAGCAGUGAAGGUUAGUAAGAGCUACCAAGAAGAAUGGGAGAGGGAGCUGACCAAGGACAAAUAAAAGAACUGUUGAGGUAUUCUGUUGCCCCAGCUGAAACUGGCACACUGCACGUGUAUAGUGCUUCAUCUUCAUGGUUUCUUGAUUUUUUUUUCCCCAGCUCCACCAGGUAUAGGAGUCAGAGAAGCUGAAUUGCUAAACUGCUCCUGGAUGGGGUGUUUGUGUCAUGGGCACAGCAGAGGGCUGAUAGCUUAACAUGGUGAUUUGAGAGGGCAUGUAAAAGAAUAGUCCCCAGAGCAAACCAGUGGGUGUAGACUUGGUACAAAAGAAGAUUUUGAAGAGGACUCAUAACCCUGGAGAAAGUGGAGUUGAAAUGAAAGAGUAGGUGUAACAGGAGAGAGGAGUGAGCUAGAAAAGGAUGGUGGACUUUCAGUGUUGCAGAGGGAAGAACCUUCUGGUUGCUGACAUUAGAAGAGUAGGUUCUAAAAGUGAAGGCGAAGUUGCCAAAAUGGUUGGUAUAUUUGAGUAGACUAACUGCCGUCACAAGUAGAUCAAAACAUGUAUAAUGGCUUGAUUACGGUAAAAGUUUAUUUCUUAGUCAUAUAAAUAGUCCAAGAUGGUUGGUGGGGGUAUUCUGCUUCAUUGUAAUUCAAGGACCCAGCCUGACGGAGGCUCUGUCAUCUUCAACUGGAAGGUUUUAGGAUCGUCUGGGCAUUGACGUCCAGUUGGUAGAAGGAUAAAGAGCAAGGAAGGGUGCACAUCGGUGGUUUUAUGAAUCAGAUCUGAAAGAGGUGCACUUUGUCCCUUCACAUGUCAUUGGCCAGAACGUGUCAUGUGGCCACACCAAACUGCAGGGAAGUCUGGGAAAUGUGUAGUUGUGUGUCCUGGAGAAAGAGCAGCGCUUGCUACACUUGAGCUUUACAGCCAUUUUUGAAAGCAUUUGCUACGUGAUGCUGCUACUUUGUUUUGUUCUUAAGUCUAGAGAUAAAUUUCAAAAAGGCUAACUUUAAAAGAUCAACUGAAGUGAAGAAGCUUUAUGUGACCCUACGUGGAAAGCCUUCACUUCUAAUUCUGCUCCCUAAAUCUAUUCUUUUUUAAAAAUCUAGGCAGACAUCUCUGUAAGCCGGUUUCCUCAUCUGAUGAAGUGAGCUUCAUUCUUUUUCCUUCAUCAGAUAUGUGUACAAGAUUUUGUUGUUGUUGUUGUAGAGCCCUUUUAUCACCAAAUUUGUGCUGGCAGCAAAUAUUAAAUACAGGGAGACACCUAUUAAGUCACUGAAGGCAUUAGCCCUCGCAAUGAACCAAAAAUAGAUUUUGUGUCUGAUUUAAGUGCAAGACCCAUUUUGCUUCCGACUGUUACUUUAACAAAUAGGUAAAGCCCUCUUUUUGUGCCACACAAAUAGUUUCUCUCUGUUAACAAGCUGCUCAAUGUUGGUUUUUUUUUAACUAGGUGAAGUCACCUCAAUAUGUAUAUUAUCCACCCCAAAUUUUCCACCAAUAGGAAUGCAAGUUAAGCACAGCAUCAGCUGAGAGUCAUUAGCUGAUAAUGUUGAGCUCAUAGUCACUCCACCCACAAUGAGCUGCAGAGGGCGGGGUGGGGGUGGGCGCAUUGUAGAGGAUACUAUCCCAAAGAGGAAUUUCUCCCCAAGAAGAGACUUUGUCCCAAGAACCAUGUGAUAAGAUUCAAAGGGUCUUGUUGUGGACUUGAGUAGUUCACCACCUUCCUUUCCAAAGUUAUAUGGAAAUUCUUCAGAAAAUAAACUCUGUCUUGGUGAGGAAGGGACCUUUAAAGAAACAUGGUGAAUUACUACCAAGUACUAGGGGUGCCUCAAAAUGCUUCCUCUUCUGAUAUUAAGAAGGCUUACCACAAGUUAGCUCUUCAGGUACACCCAGACAAGAACCCAGAAAACAAGGAGGCAGCUGAGGAGAAAUUCAAACAAGUAGCAGAGGCCUAUGAAGUCUUGUCUGACGCCGAGAAACGCAACAACUAUGACAAGUCCAGAGGAAGCAGCAUCAAAAAGGGAAAUAGAGAAGACAACAGAAACAGAAACCAUUUGAAGGAGGAACUGUGGUUUGAGAGGCCACACGGUGGCUUUCAAAAUGUCUUUGAAGAUGAAGACCUCUUCUCAGGAGAUUAUUUUUCCAUUGGCCAUUUGGGUAGAGCCGUGAGAUUCCGCUCCUCCUUCUUUGAUGUGACCCCCAUAUCGGACACAGGAUUUUCCACUUUUAUAUCCCCGGGUUCCAGACCAAGUCCCCCUUCCUCUGGGACAUUUGUACCCUUUGUAAGCAGUGGAAUGGGAAACUUCAGACUGGUGACCACUUGUAGCCAGAUAGUGAAUGGCAAGAGGAUCGUUACAAAGAAAGUUUUAGAAAAUGUGAGGAGAAAGACUGAAGUGAAGAAAGAAAGCCUAUUUCAUCAGAUUCCUCCACAUCAUUGGUAAGGAGUUGCUGCUAUCUUCUUUCACAGAGAGACUUUCCUGUGAGUCUGAUGCUUAUCAAAGACAGAAUUAGAAUCUGAAAGUGUAUUGAACUGGAAUGGACAGAAGUGAGCUGAGUCCAAACUUCUCAUUUCACAGAGGAAGCAAGUAAUGGGCCAGAUGUUACACGAGGAACUAGGAAGCAUCAGAGUUUGGCUUCCAGCCCAAGUCGUCGGAUUCUAAACUGAGCCAUCUUUUCUCUUGCACUAUAUUUGGGACAGUAGAGACCAGCACCAUAAAUAUGUCCUUCUGAGUCAGUUGCAGGACCCCACCAUCAUAAAUCCCAUUGACUUCCUUGGACUUUUUUUCCUGCUCUACCUUGCUGUUAUCCAGUUCUCUCUUUCUUGAUGGCCACUAUCUCUUUGUGGCCUCUUCCUAUCUCUUCUCUUUGCUACUUCUCUUCCCAUUUCAUCUUCUUUCUUCCCAAACAUUUCCAAUGGACCAUUUCACAAUUAGGCUCAACUGAAAGAGUUACCGAGUUUUAUAUCGUCUUAGGUUAAUGUUGGCGGAGAGAACGAGUGAAACGU